GAAAAAGGUUCAUGACUUUCAAGUUGACUGCUUCCAAGCCUUUCAUGUCUACGGUCUACCCUUUUCGUUGUUAUUAUUAUGAUUUUUAUAAGAACAAAUUUGGUUAUAAUUCAAGAACACCCUCGUCGCCGCUCAUGUCGCUGCAUUUGAUCACUGUUGGGAAGGAAAGAUGUUGGAAUAGCAGAAGAGUGUGGUGAGGAUAAAUGGGGAAUUGCUUUGGAUACAAGAAAACUGCAGAUUCUGUUAAUCCUAGCACCACUACCCCCCAUACCUCUUCACUCAGGCCUUCCACUCCAGGGACUUCAACAAGCUGGCUUUCAACAGUGGGCAGUGACAAUACAUCUGCAAAUGGAGAGAUUUUAGCCUCAGCAAAUUUGAAAAUUUACAGUUUUGCUGAUUUGAAGUCUGCUACUAGAAAUUUUAAGCCUGAUUCAGUGCUGGGCACAGGGGGUUUUGGGACAGUGUUUAAAGGAUGGGUUGAUGAGAACACGCUUGCACCGUCUAAACAUGGCGUUGGAAUUACUGUUGCCAUCAAGAAAAUGAACCCUGAAAGUACACAAGGAUUUGAGGAGUGGCAGUCUGAAGUAAACUUCUUAGGAAGGCUUUCACAUCCUAAUGUGGUUAAGUUAUUGGGGUACUGUUUUGACGAUAACGAACUGCUACUAGUGUAUGAGUUUAUGCAGAAGGGAAGCUUAGAAAACCAUCUUUUCAGAAGAGCUAUGGAACCGCUUUCUUGGGAGAUACGGCUCAAAGUCGCCAUAGGAGCUGCAAAGGCUCUAGCAUUUUUGCACACUUUGCCUAGAAAAGUCAUUUACAGGGACUUCAAGACCUCCAACAUUCUUCUUGACGGGAAUUACAAUGCAAAAAUCUCGGAUUUUGGCUUAGCUAAACUGGGACCUUCUGCUGGAAAUUCACACAUUACAACCCGAAUAAUGGGCACAUAUGGCUAUGCUGCACCAGAGUACAUUGCAACAGGCCAUCUAUAUGUGGAAAGCGAUGUGUAUGGCUUUGGCGUGGUCCUGCUAGAAAUGUUGACGGGAUUGAGAGCAUUUGAUGCUCAACGACCCUCGGAUAAACAGAACUUGGUGGAAUGGGCAAAACCGAUGCUGAAUCAGAGAAAGAAGCUUAAAACCAUAAUGGAUGCUUGGAUGGAAGGACAGUAUCAUUCCAGGGCGGCCUUACAUGCGUCUGAGCUUACGCUCAGAUGCAUAGAUGAAGAACCUAGGAAAAGGCCUUCCAUGAAACAAGUUAUGGAAACAUUGGAACAGAUUGAAGCAAUGGAGAGGCCCUGAGACUAAAUUAUGGCCUACUAUUACUGCAGCCAGGCCCUUGAGCCAUGACACUUCCAGCAGCCAGUUUACUUGUAUCUGUUGUUUGUCAAGACGUGAUUGGUAACAUUGUUCGGUUAAACGAGAGAGAUGAAAAGUAUGGAGUUAAUAUGAGUAAUGAUGCAGCAGAACCUGCAAA